UGUUUUGGGCUGGAAUUGCUCUGCAGAUAAUUAAGCAUGUUUAUACAGUUAUUUGUUAAUACCUCGACUGGCAUCAUUGUGCAAAAUCAAAACCAAAAGAAAGUUGACACGUUGAAGUUCUGCGGAUCGUUCGAAAACAUAUUUUACAGGAAUGACUUCAGUCGCAGAAUUAAGGGAACAAGUCCGGAGUCUGCAGGAUGAGCUAGCUCAGCUGAAGGGAGAGCGAGGAAAAACGACGACCAGAGAAAAGAUCACUAAAAUGUCCUCGGAGGUGGUCGAUUCGAAUCCCUACAGCCGACUGAUGGCCCUGCAGCGCAUGGGCAUCGUUAAGGAGUAUGAACAGAUUCGACAAAAAAGCGUGGCAGUCGUGGGUGUAGGGGGCGUCGGAAGCGUAACAGCGGACAUGUUGACACGCUGCGGAGUCGGAAAGCUGAUUCUUUUCGAUUAUGACAAGGUAGAGCUGGCCAACAUGAAUCGAUUGUUCUUCACACCCGACCAAGCCGGUCUUUCCAAGGUUGAAGCGGCAGCGAAAACUCUCAACUGUAUCAAUCCGGACGUAAAAAUAUUCACCAACAACUACAACAUUACGACGGUAGAAUCGUUUGAAAAGUUCAUGAACGCAAUCCGCACCGGUGGAAUCGAUGGCAGUGGUGCAGUGGAUUUGGUGCUCAGCUGCGUGGACAAUUUCGAAGCACGCAUGGCUAUAAAUGCGGCUUGCAACGAGUUGUCCCUGAAUUGGUUCGAAUCUGGAGUGUCUGAAAAUGCCGUUUCCGGUCACAUUCAGUUUAUCCAACCCGGAGAGAAGGCCUGCUUUGCAUGUGCACCUCCCCUGGUCGUUGCGGAAAACAUUGACGAGAAAACGCUAAAGCGCGAGGGAGUCUGCGCAGCCAGCUUGCCUACAACGAUGGGAAUUGUCGCGGGAAUGCUGGUGCAAAACACGCUCAAGUAUUUGCUUAAAUUUGGAACCGUGUCGGACUAUCUGGGCUACAACGCGCUGAUUGACUUCUUCCCGAAAAUGAGCCUGAAACCGAACCCAACGUGUGACGACCGGUUUUGUGUGCUUCGGCAGCAGGAGUUUGCAGCAAAACCGAAGGAAGAGAUCAUCGAGGAGGUUCAGCAAGAAGAAUUCCCCGUGCACGCGGAAAAUCUCUACGGGAUUGAGCUCGUUUCGGAGACUGAAGUAGAAAGUGCACCGGCUGUGCCUGUCGCUACUGCCAAUACUGGAUUGAAAUUAGCCUAUGAGGCACCGAUUCAAGUGGAACAUUCCAGUGCUGCAACGGAUGUGAUUAAAAAUGACGAUGUCAGUUUAGACGACCUUAUGGCUCAGAUGAAGGCGAUUUAAGAUAUUGCUUUGCAUUGUGUCUGUUUUGUUUUACACGUAAUUUACGUACAGAUUUAUACUUCUGCUUAACGUAUGCUUAUUAUGUAUUAUUUCAAAAAUAAAUAUUCUUUAUUGUGGUUUUGUUUAUAAA